UCUGGGGCAGAGUUUUGAGAAUUAGGCCUGGCCCAGGAACCUCAGUUAAGGUAGACAGUGAGGGAAGGGAGACAAGGACCCUAGUCUGCCCCGGAACUGUUAGGAAAAAAAAAAAAAAAAAGCGGAAACGACUGGAAAGGGGUGUGGAUGGGGAGGGGUCUAAGGUCAAACCACCUAACUUGGGGAAAUUUGUUAGGUAAUUGCUCAAGGACUUUCAGUAUUGACCUGGGGGAAAGCUACCGGGUGGAAGCGAGAAUUACUUCAUUGUAAGCUUAGAGACCUGGAAGGGGAAGUGACUUGUUGGAGGCCACAGGCAGGUGGCCUUGUUUGCAUCAUCACACUCUGGAUCCAGACUUUGCCUCUGCAUCAAUCCCAGGCUCCUUGCUUCCCUUCCGCCCCCUUUCCAAUGUUACCUAGCCAUGUCUGUCCCCAGCAGUGUGGUCUUUCUGUCCUUGUCUCCUGAGUGGGCCUGUGGGCCAGUGCUAUGGAGAGGCUUUACCAGACACAGGAAUGCCCUAGGAAGGGACAGAGUCCAGCCCCUAGGAGCGCCCCUAUUCCCAGGACCUCUGCAGCCAUCCCAGCCUGAGCUAACACUUGUGUCAGGGUCUGCUGGCAGGCGUCUGCCUCUGCCACAGGCUUGCCCUCUUGUAUCCCCAGAUAACCAUCUCCUGGAGAAGGCUGAACUGCUAGCCAAGUUCUCAGGAAAGCUGCAGUCAGAACCAAAGGAUGCCUCCUCCACCCCACAUCAGGACUCCUGGGGGGAGUUCUCAGGGCCUGUCCCUGACCAGGUCUCGUCAGCAGCAUCUCUGAGGGUGAAGUGGCAGGAGGAGGAGAAGGGGCUGCAGCUGGUCUGUGGUGAGAUGGCCUACCAGGUCGUGAAGAAGAGAGAAGCCCUAGAAACCCUGCAGUCACAGCUGGAGGAGCGGCGGGGCCGGCUGGAGGCCCUGCAGGCCUGCGUGCGGCAGCUACAGGAAGCGAGAGCACGCGAGUCCCAGCAGCUCAAAGACCGGCGGGCGGAGAACGCGGCGCAGAGGGAAGCCUACGAGGCGCUGCGCGAGCAAGCUGCGCACCAGGAGGCGGCACUGCGCAGGCUCCAGGAGGAGGCGCGCGACCUGCUGGAGCGGCUCGUGCAGCGUAAGGCGCACGCCGCCGCCGAGCGCAAUCUGCGGAAUGAGCGCCGAGAGAGGGCCAACCAGGCUCGGGUGUCUCAGGAGCUGAAGAAAGCGGCUAAGCGGACUGUGAGCAUCAGCGAGAUCCCAAACUCUUUAGAAGGUGGGACCAAGGAAGAGGCUGUGACUCUAGCUCCUGCUGCUAAGCCCGAGUUCCUGGAGAGUGAGACUUGUGAAAAAUGGAAGAGGUCUUUCAGGUCUGCCUCAGCCACCUCUCUGACACUGUCCCGCUGUAUGGAUGUGGUGAAGGGGCUGCUGGACUUCAAGAAGAGGAGAGGUCACUCAGUGGGGGGUGCACCUGAGCAGCGGUACCAAGGCAUCCCCAUGUGUGUGUCUGCCCAGAUUCCUACCCAGGCUCAGGAUAUCUUGGAUGCCCAUCUCUCUGAGGUCAAUGCUGUUUGUUUUGGCCCCAACAUCAGCCUCCUGGCCACUGGAGGGGCUGACCGGCUUAUCCACCUCUGGAAUGUUGUGGGAGGUCGUCUGAAGGCCAACCAAACCCUGGAAGGAGCUGGUGGCAGCAUCACCAGUGUGGACUUUGACCCCUCAGGCUCCCAGGUUUUGGCAGCUACUUACAACCAGGCUGCCCAGCUCUGGAAGGUGGGAGAGACACAAUCCAAGGAGACGCUGUCUGGACACAAGGACAAAGUGACGGCUGCCAAAUUCAAGCUAACAAGGCACCAGGCAGUGACUGGGAGCCGAGACCGGACAGUGAAGGAGUGGGACCUGGGCCGCGCCUACUGUUCCAGGACUAUCAAUGUACUCUCCUACUGUAAUGACGUGGUAUGCGGGGACCACAUCAUCAUCAGUGGCCACAAUGACCAGAAGAUCCGGUUCUGGGACAGCAGGGGACCCAACUGUAUCCAGGUCAUCCCUGUACAGGGCCGGGUGACCUCCCUGAACCUCAGCCAUGACCAGCUCCAUCUGCUUAGCUGUUCCCGAGACAAUACACUCAAGAUCAUCGACCUGCGAAUCAGCAAUAUCCGACAGGUGUUCAGGGCAGAUGGCUUCAAGUGCAGUUCUGACUGGACCAAAGCUGUGUUCAGCCCUGACAGAAGCUAUGCACUGGCAGGCUCCUCAAAUGGAGCCCUGUACAUCUGGGAUGUGAACACCGGGAAACUGGAGAGCAGCCUACAGGGACCCCACUGCACUGCCGUCAAUGCCGUGGCCUGGUGCAUCUCUGGGAACCAUGUUGUGAGUGUGGACCAAGGCAGGAAGGUGGUGCUCUGGCACUAGGGGCACCACUGCCCUGUAUGGGUUGGACUCUGAAGCCAGAAGCCGGAGAACAGCUUCCUUCUGCUCAAGAUCCCAGAGCCAGGGUUGGGGUCGCUGUAGAUUUCAUGCGAGGGCCUGGCAGGACCUGGCCUGUUUGUUGAAAUCAAAGUGUGCGUUAGGAACUACGAUGUUAAAGAACCUAUGUUUACUCUCUUCAGAGUGCUAAAAAUUGUAUCUAAGCAUGUCUUGCCUCUUUGAAGCAUUUGGGGGUACAGGGAGACUUAGGCUUGGCCUCUUCUUUGUCCAUAGAGCUUGUGCAACUUCUGCCUGGGUGAGGGGCUGUUUCAGCCUAGCUAUGGGAUAGCAUGAAGAGGCCCAAGCAGCAGUAAAAUUCACCCUUUCCAUCAGGACCUCUGUGGGCCUGGGCCUGAUGGAGGGUGAAUAGACUAGAGUGAUAUCAGAAUACUCGCUCCGAGGACUGCCUGGAGACCAGGACCAUGGCCUGGCCUGCAGUUCCAUCUUCCAGAUGGCAGGUGGCCUCCUCCUGCCACUGCCUCCCUUACGUGUUACCUCUGCCCCUCACAUCACUGGGGUUUCUGUUUGGUGCUUCUCUAAAGGUGCCUUUACUCCCCUAGUCUUGUCCUCACCAGAACCCAGUGUUCUUAGCUUUUGUUGUUGUUUUGGACAGGGCCACGUUAUGUAACCCCCCUGGUCAGCCUCAGUCCUGGGAUGGCAGUCAUUUUCAGCCCCAGCCCUCAGGCAGGGUCAGCGUGGGCACAAGUCCCCCUUUGCCUUCCGAGAACUGCAGCACUUUGGUGUUCUUCACAUGCUUCUUCCUCUGCCUUCAGUGUCCAUGUCCCUCCCACGGCAAUUCAGGUUGUCUUUUGGGAUCCCCUUAUCAACAGCUUACCCUCACCUGCCAGGCUGGGUAAGAGGCCGUGAUCCCCCACUUCCAGUUUGCCUCCCUUCUUAAAAAUGAAGAGUAGGAAUAGUACUUCUUGCAUCCAGGCCUGGCUCAGAAGCCACAGGAAAUGCUUCCCGAGUGGUCAUACUCUCUUGCUUCGCAACUUCAGCAGUCAAAGGUUCCAGGAAUGGGACAUUCCAGCAGUUCAAACUGUCAGCCUUGGCCCAGCCCCUUGGCGCAGCUCAGUGGCCACCAGGGGUCACUAGUUGCCUGGUCAGCAGAAGGUUUUUGUUUUUUGUUUUCCGGGGCCUUUCUUCCGGGAAAGCGUAACGCUGCCAGUAGCCACUGUUAUUGAGGAUCACCCAGGCCUCAGCCUUGCUCUGCUCUCGGCAGCCUUAUUCCUCCCCAGCACUUGUGCUAGACCAUCUACAGGUGAGAAAAGAGAGGCCUGAAGCUUGUCCUUCAAGGCCACACAGCUACUAAGACAUCUGGGUGGUUCUGCACCACACCUCACAGCCGUUUAUUUUGGAACAGCCUCAAAAGGACCUUGAACAAAUGACUCUCCUGCCUGUGCCUCCAUCUCCCAAGUGCUGCCAUUACAGAGGUGUGCCCCACCCAAUACGGUACUGGCACUGAACCUCGGCUAUAUGUGGGUCAGGAAGGCACUCUACCAACUACGUCCUCAAUCCACAGCCUCCUUUUCUUUUUAGAAAUUUAUUUUCUGUUGGAGUAUUUUGCCUGCAUGGAAGUAAGUGCACUGUGUGUGCCUGGUGCCCACAGGGGACAGAUCCUCUUAGACUGAAGUUAUAGAUGGUAUGAGCUACCAAGUAGCUGCUGGGAACCGAACCCUGAUCUUCUGCAAGAGCACGUGCUCUUAACUUCUGAACCAUAUAAAACCAAAAUCUCAAGGGUGGAGGCUCCCGAAUGGGCAGGGCUCCUUCACCAGGGGUACAUGGAGGCGUGCCUAACCUUACUCUCCCAAAUGCUAGAGCCAAGUUCAGUAGAGGCACUGGCCUAGCCUUGUGGAAACCAGGUUGGUGGCUGCUCCCACUCUUGCCACAGUGGCCCUCAGGCUGUGUGUCCCCUCCCCACUGUGGACCGUCUCACAGGGGCUGACCCACAGAUUUGAGGGCUGCUGGCUGAACUGCCCAGGCUCAAGCCUUACUGCUUCUAAGACCCCACAGAAAAGAGACAAGUCCUGGUGUAGGGAUCCUAUUGCUAGUCCUAGCUCAAGCCUAUUCUUGAGUCUGUCCCACAAGAUGUGAGCCCCCUAGUUCCCUGUGGGUGGCCGCUGCAGGAAUCCUGACCUCAGGUGUAGGCCCACUUAUGAGGUUCAGACAUACCAUGGGUACCAUGUCUGCUGGAAGUACACCCACUAGUCACUGUCUUUAGUUCAUCUGUGUAUUAUCUUAUUUAAUCCUCCUGGAUCUGCGACAAUUGAUAUUUUCUUCUCACAAGUUACUGAUGAGGAAGGGCCCAGACUUAGGUCAUGGCAGGCAAAUCCAUGCAUGGCAGGGGUUGGUGCCCAUGGGUCUUCACCUAGUUCUUCCCCUGCCCCUUCCUGGUGUGUUUGGCACACACACAAGCCUGUGGUCCUCGCUCACAGGUUCCUUUUUUUAUGCAUCAGGGUUAACAUUCCAAAAACAUGUUCCCUGACUACCACUCUAAGGAAGAGAGGAACAUGAAGGAGUCCUGUGUGUUUUCUUGGCCACUGGUCCACAGGCAAAUAGUCCAGGAACAAGACACGCCUUGGUGUUCUCGUGGUUUUUGGCAGCUCAUGCUUUUACAAAGCAAACCCAGCAAGGGGGAAACUAAACUGGUGAUGUCAAGUUGCAGGAUUUCAGGGAAAAUGUCAAUUUUCCCCUUCCUGACCUGAAAUUUAUGUAAUUUGGUUCUAUUUCUGGCAUAUAUGUAUAUAUACCAACUUAAACUAAAUAAAUGCAGAGAUUUAGUGUGGA